AUGCGCGCGCGACUCCCGCGGCCCACGCCGCUGCUGCUCGCCCUCGCCCUCGCCGCAGCCCUGCAACUAGCGGCGGGGGCGGGCGUGUUCGAGCUGCAGAUCUUGGAGUUCUCCAACUAUCGCCUCCAGUUGUCAUCGGGCGCGUGUUGCGGCGGCGGGGCCGCGCCCCCGGCCCCGGCCCCCGGAGCCCCCGGUGCGGGCGGUGCCUGCGGGCAGCCCUGCCGCACACGGUUCGCUCUCUGCCUCAAGGAGUACCAGUCGGCCGCGGCCCCCGGCGCCUGCUCGUUCGGCCGCGCCUCCUCCCCCGUCCUAGGAACAGACUCCUUCACUCUCUCGGACCCCCUCCACACACUGUCUCUCCCUUUCUCGUUUCGAUGGACCCGCUCGUUCACACUGAUACUUCAAGCCUACGAUGACUACAACUACACAGACCCCGAAGAGAGCGGUCUGAUCGAGGAGGCCUGGUGGUCGGGCAUCGUGGAGCCCGGGUCGGAGUGGCACGCCCUGAGGCACGCGGGCGCCGCGGCGGCCGUGGCGUACCGGGUGCGGGUGCUGUGUCAGCCCAACUACUACAACACCACCUGCACCACCUUCUGCCGGCCCCGGGACGAUAAGUUCGGUCACUACGCCUGCUCGCCCGCCGGGGACAAGCGCUGCCUCCCCGGCUGGCAGGGAGAUAACUGCGAGAAACCUGUCUGUAAGGAAGGGUGUCAUCCAACCCACGGCCGGUGUGACAAGCCUGGUGAAUGUUCUUGUCGUCCGGGGUGGCGAGGCGAGCUGUGUUCUCAGUGCCAGCCGUACCCUGGCUGUAAGCACGGCUACUGUAACGGCUCCUCGUGGGACUGUACGUGCGACACUAACUGGGGCGGUAUACUGUGUGAUCAAGAUCUCAACUACUGUGGAACCCACGAGCCCUGUCAGCACGGAGGUACGUGUGAGAACACAGCGCCCGACCAGUACCUGUGUACCUGCGCCGAAGGCUUCUCCGGCGUGGACUGCGAGCGAGUGGACAACCCGUGCGCCCCGCAACCCUGCGCUCACGGGACCUGCUCCCUGGGGCCCGCGAACACCUCCCCGGCCUCACACGCCGCGCCCGCCGGCUUCGUCUGCUCCUGUGACCGAGGCUGGACCGGCCCGCGCUGUGACGCCGACGUGGACGACUGUGCCAGUGGCCCGUGUCACAACGGCGGGGUAUGCCGGGACAGACUCGACGCCUUCCUCUGCGAGUGUACCGCCGGCUGGACCGGAGCCACCUGCACCGAAGAUAUAGAUGAAUGCGCGGAAAAUAACGGAGGGGCGGAGGGUGCCCUGGGGCCGUGCGUGAACGCCGCGGCCUGCAACAACUCGGCGGGAGGCUACUCGUGCACAUGCCUCGCGGGCUGGACGGGCCGGGACUGCGAGCUGAACGUGGACGACUGCACCGGCCAGUGUCUCAACGGAGCCACCUGCAUCGACCUCGUGGACGACUUCCACUGCGCCUGUGCCGCGGGCUACGCUGGGCGGACCUGUGCUCGAGACGUGGACGACUGCGCCUCACGACCCUGUCGGAACGGCGGUGAAUGCGUCGACCUGCUGGACGCUUACCGCUGUAUUUGUCCAGUCGGCUUCUCCGGUACCGACUGUGAAGAGGACCGUGAUCACUGCACCGGCUCGCCGUGCGCCAACGGGGCCACGUGCUACACCGCACAGAGCGACUACUACUGUCACUGUUCGCCUGGUUGGACCGGCAAGAACUGUACGCAGCGGGCUGCGAGGGAACAACUGGAUGAAUGUACUCCAAAUCCGUGCAGUAACAAUGGAAGCUGCCUACCGAGCCCCAAAGGAUUUACUUGUAUUUGUGUUGAAGGAUUUGCAGGCGAGACCUGUGCUAUCCGUGAGGAGACUCGCUGUGAGCUCGUGUGUGUCAACGGCGGCUCAUGUGUCCGCGGCCCGCUCCCCGCGCCCGCUGGUGGCUCUCUCGCCAACCAUCACUGUGCUUGUCCGCCAGGCUGGGCCGGUGCCCUCUGCGAUCUCCCCAUAUCUCCGCCGGUAGCUCCGGUCGCAUCCGUUCCAAUGCAGACAGCCAUAAUCCCCAUCACUAACGCGGGUAUACCGUGUUCUUGUCUCCACGGCGGGUCUUGUGUGUCCGUCGGAGGAGCAGGUACAUGGGCGUGUGUGUGUCGCCCCGGCUGGAGCGGAGCGCACUGCGAGCGAGCGGCGGACGGUUGCUCCUCCAAUCCGUGUCGUAACGGAGGUCGUUGUGUGGGGGGCGCCGGCUGGUGGACGUGUGAAUGUACCCCGGGCUGGUCCGCUCCUGACUGUUCGUCUCCGUCCUGUGACCCCACUUGUCCUUCGCCUGCAGUCUGUACAGCAUCGGGCGCGAUCGCGAGAUGCGUGUGUCCGCCUCCGCCAGCUCGACUAGCCAGGCGGUGUCUAGAAUUGGUUGCAGGACUUGGAGAAGAAAGUGGCGAAGCAGCAGAUGGAAAUGAAAGUGGUAGCGAAAGUACUGCCGAAGCCAGCGAUACACCUGGGGCGUGUGGUGCAGACAACGGCACCUGGUGGUGGGGCUGCAACGCCUGUCGCUGUGUGGGAGGAGCGCCCUCGUGCACCAGGCUCUGGUGCGGAUUACCCGACUGUCUCGCUCCCGCCGCACUGCCUUGUAGGACUGAUGAGGUGUGUGUUCCGGCCGCACCUGCCUUGUGUCUACGUCCACCUUGCUCCCCACUGGGGGAGUGUCGUCGUGUAUCAGGUCGACGUGUAGAGCCUCCAGCGUUACCUGCGCCGGCCGCUUGUUGGCCUGGAGCUCGUACCUCCCCGCCUCCCGGCUGUGCUCGUGCCGAACUGCGUCUUGCUAGAGAGCGUCUAGCUCGAGGCGCACACGUGGAGCGGGCGUGCGCAGCGCUCCGGAGAGCCCUCGCUGCAGCGCUUGCAGACCGAGCUCCCCCCGCGCCGCCACUUACAUUACUUUGUGAUCUUGCUCCCGAUGAUGACGAUGCGCUGGACCUUGCACUCUGGGCGGGAGAGGAGGAUGACUCCGAGGGUGUAAGUGCUCUAGCGGCGGCCGUUCGUGUUCUGAGUGAGCUUAUAUCUCGUCGCCGAUUAGCACAUCAUGCUCUCCUCGCUGCAGCCCUGCGACUUCGUGUCGAGCACGGCACACCGACCCUGCCUCGCGCUGCAGUGGCGGAGGCAGCUGCUAACAGCAGUGGAACCGGAGGUGCCUUGUUAGCUCUGGCAGCUGGGGCACCUUUACUACUCUUAGGGGCGGCCGCCGGAGCAUUCCUUCUUGUCCGUAGACGGCGUGCCGCUGCAGCCGCUGCGAUCGAUGAACGGUCACGUUGCCGUGACGAAGAAAAGUCCAAUAACCUACAAAAUGAAGAGAAUCUGCGUCGCUACGCGAACCCUCUGCGGGAGGACCGGGUGCCGCGUGAGGUGGACGAGCUGCCUCGCGCACAUUCCUUGUAUAAGGCGCAAAAUGCCGACGUGCGGAACAACACGCCACCGCGGGAUAAAGAGUUGACGAAGCGCGUACUGCCGCCGCCGGAGCCUCCGCCCGCGCGUCACCCGCCGCCCGAGCGCCUCACCGUGCUCGUCUAG